GAGGGGAGAGAGGGAGGCAGAUCGAGGAGAAGCAUGAAGAAUAUCCCCGAUAUCUAAGCUCACAGAGGGGGACAGCAUCUCGUCCUCCCUCGCUGUUUAAGGGCCAACUGGAAUCAGAGGGAGGCAGCGAGGCGGACAGAAUGGAGGAGAAGAAGCAGUUUCUUUGUGGGGUGGUGGAAGGUUUCUAUGGGAGGCCUUGGACUAUGGAUCAGAGGAAGGUUCUUUUCCAAUGGAUGCAGAGUUGGGGGUUGAACACCUACCUGUACGGCCCAAAGGAUGACCUCAAACACAGACUACUGUGGAGGGAAGUCUACUCUCAUGAGGAGGAGGGUCAGUUGCGUACUCUCAUAAAGGAGGCCCAGUCGAGAGGCCUAAAGUUUGUUUACGCCCUCUCCCCUGGUCAGGACAUCGUCUUCUCUUCUUCCUCUGACCUGACACUGCUCAAACGCAAGCUGAGACAGGUUUCAGACCUGGGUUGCCAGGCCUUUGCCAUCCUGUUUGAUGACAUUGACCACUCCAUGUGUCAGGCUGACAGCGAGGCCUUCUCCUCAUUUGCUCAUGCUCAGGUCACUAUAACCAAUGAAAUAUACCGGUUCCUGGGGGAUCCACCUGUCUUCCUAUUCUGCCCCACAGAGUACUGUGGUUCUCUGUGUUCUCCCAGUGUAUCAAAGUCUCCCUACCUGCAGACUGUUGGAGAGGACCUACUGCCCGACAUAACAGUGAUAUGGACGGGCAAUAAGGUCAUCUCCAGGAAACUGUCCGCAGACUGCCUGGCUGAGGUGGAGUCUGUCCUCCAGCGCCCGCCACUCAUCUGGGACAACCUGCACGCUAAUGACUACGACUCCAGACGUCUCUUCCUGGGGCCUUUUAAGGGCAGAGAGCCUCAGCUGAGGAGCCACCUGAGAGGUCUGCUACUCAACCCCAACUGCGAGUUUGAAGCCAAUUACAUCCCUCUCCACUCGCUGGGCAGCUGGUACCGAUCUGGAAAGGAGGAGAGGAAAGAUGAGGAGUGUGAAUACUGUCCUGAUAGAGCGCUCUCUGUUGCCCUACAUGAUUGGAUGGAGGAACUCAACCAACCACUACAAGCAGGACGGCAGAGCAGCCGAGCAGACCAGCGUUCCUCUGUUCAAACAACCCGCUGUAAAACUCCCGACCGACCCGACUGCCCCUCCACCCUCAGAGGAACCGCCGUCGUGGACAGGCUUCCUGUUUUCCCCCUCAACUCCAGCUCGCCUCCAACGUCACCCACUAAGGUCAAGGUGGAGACAGAGGGAGAGAAGAAGAGAUCAAACCAACCUCAAGGACCCAGACCUAGCGCACCUGCAGGGGGAGGCAGGGUGCAGAAGGCCCAGGGGUGGGGGCUUUGUGGUGGGAAGGGCCUCCUGAGUGAGUCCCAGGUGCGGCUACUGGUGGGUCUUUAUUAUCUGCCCCACGAGUACGGCCUGUCGGGACAGAAGCUGCUGCAGGAUCUCAGCUGGCUGAAAGCAAACUGCCACCUGGUCAGCGCCAACAGCAAAAAGACAGCGCCUCAGAAGAUCGAUGAGUGGCGUGGCCGGUCCUCUAGGGUAUUGUCCCUAUGUGAGGACAUAGCACAGCUCCACUGCAGCGUGGUGGGAGGGGCCAACAGGGCGGUGCUCUACGACCUUUACCCCUACGUGUGGGACCUGAGGAACACGGCUCUGGUGGCUAAAGCCUUCAUAUGCUGGCUGGAUGGCCGAGUGUUGAGUGACAGCUCCACCCUGGGCACCUGGAAGAACUGCUUUCACUUGUGUGGGAAGACCACAGGAGCGGACCUACUGGGAGUUGAAUCAGAACCAUGGGCGUUUAAAGGGGGCGUGUCUGGGGAGGUGCAGAUGCUACUCCCAAUAGGCAGCAGCAAUGAACUCUUCACUCAUCCUCCUCCUCUCUUCCCUACCUCUCGUCUCUAUAACAUCAGACCCUAUCACACUAAGGACAAGUUGGAGUUGUAUCGGAUGGUGCGCCAACUCCACCUGAGGACUCAGGGUGGCCAAGAGUCCAGUGCUGUGCACCCAGAUGUGAUAGGAGACAGAUGUCUCGGGCCGUGCCUGGCGUUGUCCCCGGAGUACUGCUUCAUCCUGGAGGAUGAGCUGGGUGUGUGUGGCUGUGUGUUGGGCAUCUUGGAUGUCCGCAUGUUUGCCAAGCGGUGCCAGGCCAGCUGGAUGCCGGCCAUGAGGGACAAAUACCCACCUAAAGGGGGAAACACACACCCCACGGCACAGGACUUGAUCCAACUGAUGGAGGAAGACCAGGGGGAGUAUCCCGAGUCUCUCCUCUUUCACUUCCCCUCUCAGCUGCGCCUGGACGCCCUGCCGGAGCUGGUGGACAUAAGCGUCAGCAGGACUCUGCUCACCGCAAUGCUAACAGCACUCAAGGCCAACGGUUCUCAGGGUGUGUUCUGCGAGGUGCAGCCGACGGACCGUCAGAGGCUGGAGUUCUUGACCAAACUGGGCUUCCUGGAGAUCCUCAGAGGAGAGGCCAGGAGCAGAGAGGGGGUGGUGCUGGGGAGGCUGCUCUGAACACAAACUAACACUCACACACAUACACAGACACCACUAGAGAUGUGCAGACAUACAGUGGAUACACAGCAGCACUUACACACAGAACAAUGUUCGAAAAGCAGUACAUUCAGUACAGCAUAGAGAAGGGAGGGUGUGGACAAUCGUGGAGUCUGUGUGGCAGCGGUAAUGGGGAUGAAUGGAGAUUUCUGAAGGAUUUACAAAAUAUAAAAUAAGCUUUGAGUUUAAAACUUCAGCAGAGCUGUGCUAAUCUCCCUUGCGUUUAAUGUCCUGGCUACGGAUUACAAGAUUUAGUCAAAUUUAAAGGAAGUCAACGACAGGAUAGUUUGAAAACGCUGGGAGCAGAGCAGCAGAUCCCAGAAGCUACAGCCUUCUCCUCUGUGGCACACAUCAUUCGCUCCACCAUGGCUCAAUGUAUUGGUCUGUUCCAAAGGUCUGUUUGCUGGUAAAACUACUUCCUCAAUGUUUGUGAAAUUUAAGGGAAGCAUGCACCAUUGGUUAAGGAACCACUCAUUAAAUUGUGGUGCAUUGGGUGUAAGAAUAUUUUGAACCAUCACCUAUGGAUAGGAAAAUUCGCCCCCUUUCGUCUGAACACUUGGACAAAGCUAUAAAUGUCGCACUGAGCGAUACAAUUAAACACAUCUUCUUUGUUGCAUUGGCGUUGUUUCCACAUAAUGACUAAAAGCUGAACGACUUAUCAACUUGGAAAAUGCAAGCUGAAAUAGUUUUCACGUAUUUUGUUGAAGCAGCCAACUUUUAACAAACACUUUUUAUCAGUAAUUGGCCACACCAGUUGUUUCUACCUCCCAGCAAGAAAGCUAAUGGUAUUUCCUAAAAUAUCUAACUACUUCUUCAAGAUGAUUUUGACUUAUCCCCUCUUGUUAAACCAAAGUUAAGCUACUACAGUGGAUCUGGUGCUCGGCUCCCUCUGCUUUGUUCAUAAGAGAUCGUUUUUUUUCUUAAAAACUCUGGAUGUUGUUACCUAGCUGCUGUCCUGUUGGUUAAAUAUAGCCUGCUAACAGACUGACCCAGGCACAGUGUCACUGUUUACACUCGACUAGUAUAGAUGAAUGUUUACAUGCAUGAAAAAAACUCAACAUUGUGUGGCUGUCGAGUAAGAUUACAUGUAUACUGACAUCAACACUAACAGGCAUAUCAUUUCAAUAUAAUGCUCUAACAUGGCGCCAUUACUUGGCUUUCACAGCCAAAAGAAAGUGCAUGCAGAAUCAAAUUCAUCAGAAAAAAAAGUUUCAGAUUGUGAAUAGAACACACACACACACACACACACACACACA